AUGAAUUUCGUUUUUUGGGUCAUCGUCCACAGCAUUGCGGAUCGUGCGUUUAAGGGCAUAUCCUCUGUUGAGGAGUUACUGGCCCAAAGACCUCCGGAGGGCAGAGAAUCAUGGACUCUGCAGUGGACUGAGACCGCUAGAGAGCUCCCAUUUUUCCGAAUGGUCACUCCAAACGGACCAAAGGCGGACAAAGGACUGACAUUCUCCUCGUUGAGACACAAUUUCACGAGUCUAGCGCAAAGAGAUGGAUUCGAGGACCAACUACGCGUCCACGGAAUCAGAGCGGAGCUCGCAAACAGGGUAGAUCCGAAAGCGACGGAAGCUACGCGUAGCCAAGCGCUUGACCAUCAAGACCAUAACACAUUCCUCAAAUAUCAGGCUCAGCUCAAGGCAUUGGAUAUGCAAGCUUUGAUGUAUGGUAUGGAACCAGAUUAUGAGUGUCGAGACAUGGAACAGAGCAUGGCGCAUCAUCGUGAUCCGAAUGUCCCUCUUCGCCUGGACGCCGCGACACUAUUCGAGUUCGAACACGACGAGGAAAUCGUCGACCUAAACGCAAGGAUCGCCGACCUUUCGCGAAGGAUUGCAGGUCAGCCCAGAAUUCAUAAAUCGCUGGCGGAAGAACGAUCCAGGCUGUACACACAGAAAGCAAAGAAGCUUCGGGCAAAGCGAUCCGAGUAUAUUUCACAGUGGUGGAAAGAAUGCUACAAAGGAUACAUCUCCGGAAAGGGAUUCACUGAACGUGAUACGACAAACCUAUUCGAGAUCUACGCCAAAUAUAUCCCGACUAGAACUCGCCUGCGCGAAAACCUGUUCAAAGAGGUGCCUAUUGAUAGUGAGGUGGGGAGACAAUGCCUGCAGGACAUGGUCAGUCUCUGUACAUCAACUAAGAGAGUUGCGUACUAUCCUGGGUUGACCCCUAUUGAUGGGCAAUGUCCGAUCUGCCAAAAACCCAUAGAAAGGUUUGCACCCGCUUUGCUUUAA